AUGGUGCUGUUGAAGAUGAAGUUCACCCAGCAGCGGCGGGUGCGUCUGGCCCAGGGCCUGUGGCUGAUGUCCUGGCUGGCAGUGAUGUGCGGGACCUUCGUCUUUUGUCUGGGGGUUUACCUUAAGGCAGAGAUGAUCCGUAGGGCCGAGGUGAUGGAAAACACAGAGAUCCACGUGGUGCCCAACAUCCUGAUGAUGGUGGGCCUGGCCUCCAUCGGCACUAACUGGGUUGCCACGCGUGUGUGUCAGGACUCCUUGGACGCAAGCCGCUUCCCCCGUUGGAAAGUUCUCCUGCUGGCUUGGUUUGCUGUGGCUGCACUGCUCUGUGUUCUGCUGGUCGCCGUUGUGGUGCUCAGCUACGCCCUGCAAGGACGCCUGGAGGAGUCACUGAAGGUGGGCCUGAGGAAUGGUAUUCGGUUCUACAAGGACACAGACGUGCCAGGCCGCUGUUUUCAGAAAGAGACCAUUGAUCGUCUGCAGAUGGAGUUUCGCUGUUGUGGGAACAACAACUUCAAGGAUUGGUUUGAAGUUCAGUGGGUCAGCAACAGAUACCUGGAUUUCACCUCCAAAGAUGUCAAGGAUCGUAUCCGGAGUAACGUGGAUGGACGUUUCCUGUUGGAUGGCGUUCCUUUCAGCUGCUGUAACCCUGCGUCCCCUCGCCCAUGCCUGCAGUACCACCUGACAGAUAACACUGCCCACUUCAGCUAUGAUUACCAAGCAGAGGAACUCAACCUGUACAACCGUGGCUGUAGGCAGGCUCUGAUUGACUACUACAUGGACUUGAUGAAUUCAACUGGUCCUGGUGUGCUGUCAGUCAUCUUAAUACAGAUGUCAGUGAUUCUGAGCCUGCGGUACCUGCAGACCGCCAUGGAAGGAGCCAUGGCUCUGGAGGACCCGGAGGGCGACAGUGAGGGUUUUCUCCUGGAGAAGGGUGUGAAGGACACCUUUGAAGACGUCAAAGCCAAAGUCCUCACCAUGCUUCAGUUCGGGCAGGUUGACCCCAACGCCGAAGAGUCUGCAGACGCAGAGAAGGCUGCUUCCCCAACUCCUGCCAGCUAG